UUUUCUUGUCGGGGCAAUUGAACUUUCGCGGCGUAUGUAUAACGAAAGGCCGUAUACAAUAAUAAGAUUGUCUAUUAGCAUACAUAUCUCCAUUUGUUAUUAUUCACCGUAAAAGUACCAGGAUGUACCACCAUUAAUCGUUGAUCACAGGAUAAUAAACAUCAGUCCAGAUAACUUGCCGGAGCACACAAUUUUUCCAAAUAAUCAUAUUGUUUCUAAAAAAUAUACCAUGUGGAACUUUCUACCAAAAAAUCUCUUUGAACAAUUUAGACAACUAGCAAAUUUUUAUUUUCUUAUAAUGGCGAUAAUAUCUGUAUCGAUAAAGUCCCCGAUCUCUCCUAUAACCAGUAUCCUUCCCCUAAGUAUUGUCAUAGUAGUAACCGCGUGUAAGCAAGGCUUCGAGGAUUAUAAUCGUUACAUUAAUGACAAACGAGAGAAUCGGACAUUCGUCACUGUCAUACGCAACAAAUGUGUACAGAACAUUUACCGUGAAAAUAUAGUAGUCGGUGACUUAGUGAAGAUACAUCGCGAGGAAGAUAUCCCCUGCGAUCUUUUGCUUCUCUAUAGCACAGAAGAUUCGGAAUGCUGUUUCAUUACCACGUCAAAUCUUGAUGGUGAAACCAAUUUAAAGACUGUGACGAUUCCAAAAGUAAUCUCAAAAAUGUCGAUGCAACAAAUAAUAUCUUUAAACGCCAUUGUCACUUGUCAACAUCCUUCAUCGAAUCUUUAUAGUUUCCAUGGCAAAAUGGAAGUCAAAAAUGAAAACAAUGAAACGAUCAGAAGUGGAUAUCUAACGAUCAAUAAUUUACUGCUUCGUGGAUCUAGAUUGAAAGACACGGAUUAUAUUAUCGGUUGUGCGAUAUAUACUGGUCACGAUACAAAAUUGUCUCUCAAUUCAAAGAUAACAAGUAAAAAAAUCUCUACGAGUGAAAAAUCCAAUAAUAAAUACAUCGUCUGUUUCUUCAUCAUAUUACUAUUUGAAGUAAUAGAAUCUUGUACAAUAAAAAUCAUACUAGAGGAAUCAUGGUCAGAGUUAUGGUCAUCAUAUUUGAACGAUAUUCAUCCUUUUACUUUUUCCUCAUUGGUUACGGAUUUUCUAAGCUUUAUUGUCCUUUACAAUUAUAUCGUGCCAAUAUCAUUAUACGUUAGCAUAGAAUUACAAAAAUUCUUCGGUUCAUUUUUCUUCAGCUGGGACGUCGACAUGUAUGACGAACAGAUGGAUCAACCAGCAUUAAUUCACACGUUGAAUCUAAACGAGGAGCUUGGUCAAAUUGAAUACUUAUUUGCAGAUAAGACCGGUACACUCACCGAAAAUAUGAUGGUAUUUAGACGUUGUUCGAUCAAUGGAAAAAUAUAUAUAGAAAAAGAUUGCGAUGGCAAAUUGUAUCUAUUACCUCCCAGUAAGGAUGAAGAUCAGGCAAUUGCAUUAAAAACCUGGCAGCCAGAACAUUGGCAUUUUAUGAUAAGCAUCGCUCUAUGCCAUACAGUUCAAAUUUCACCCUUGAGUCAAAGAGCUAUUGCCGUCAUAAAACGUAAAGAAUUUCGCCAGAGUUUCAGGCAAAAGAAAAUCCUUCAUGUAGAUAGUUCUCUCUUGAUGCAUCCGGACUUACCAGAAUAUCAGGCAACGUCGGCAGAUGAAAAAGCUUUGGUUGAAGCCUGUGCCAGAUGCGGAGUCAUUUUUGAAUCAAGAAAAAACGACAUAAUAGAAUUGAAAAUCCAGAAUAAAAUUUUGACUUAUAAAAUGCUUGAAAUUCUAGAAUUUACUUCCGAACGCAAGAGAAUGUCGGUAUUGGUAAAAGAUUCAGCUGGAGAUUAUUGGUUAUACAGCAAGGGAGCAGAUAGCACUAUGUUGCCAAUUAUAAUCGAAGGAAAAAUCAAUGAAGUUAUUGCGCACGUGACUGAUUUUUCUAUGAGAGGUCUUCGAACUCUGGUUAUUGGAUAUAAAAAGAUAAACGAAGCGAAAUACAAUGAAUUUUCGAAUGAACUGGAAAAAGCUAGACAAAUAAUUGGUAUAGAACGAUCGAAAUAUGUAGAACUAACUUAUAAUAUGAUGGAAAGAGAUCUCACUUUACUAGGUGCGACUGCUAUUGAGGAUCGUCUUCAAGAAGGAGUGCCGGAAACUUUGGAAUCCUUGCAACUAGCUGGAAUUAAAGUAUGGAUACUAACUGGUGAUAAAGCGGAAACUGCAGAAAAUAUAGCAUAUCUCUGUGGUCAAUUUAAGAGGGGUACCGAGAUUCUUAAAUUGUUAGAAAUAAGAGAUACAGGAAUUCUUCUUCACAAACUUACAGAUUAUGAAAGAAGAUUGAAACUCGAACCUUCUAAACAAUUUGGAUUACUAAUCGAUGGACAAAGUCUUGCAGUUGCAAUAAGAAAUUAUGCAGAUGAAUUCAGAUCAAUCGCAAUGGUUUGCGAUGCAGUUGUUUGUUGCAGGCUAUCUCCGUUACAAAAAAGUGAAAUUGUAAAAUUGAUUAAAAAAGCAAAAACUCGACCGCAUACUGCUGCCAUUGGUGAUGGAGGAAAUGAUGUUUCGAUGAUACAAGAAGCCCACGCUGGAAUUGGAAUAAUAGGCAAAGAAGGUCGGCAAGCGGCCAUUAACUCUGAUUUUGCAAUAUCUAAAUUUAAAUUUUUAAAGAAAGUAUUAUUUGUACAUGGACAUUGGUAUUAUAUCAGGAUCGCCAAUUUGACGCAAUAUUUUUUUUAUAAGAAUUUUAUCCUCAUGACACCACAAUUUAUAUUUAGUAUAUUUUGUGCCUUUUCCACACAGUCAUUUUUUGACGGCUUAUACUUAAUGUCUUACAAUGUAAUAUUCACAUCUUUUCCAAUAAUGAUAUAUGGAUUGUUUGAACAGAAUUAUAGUGCUGAUAUAUUAUUACGUAAACCAUAUCUAUACAGAUUGAAUCAAGGCAAUUAUUUAUUAUCUAUGCAGCAGUUAUUCUUAUGGAUUUUUCUAGGUUCUUGGCAUGCUAUUGUUAUAUUUUUUAUGCCAUAUACAUAUAUACUCAUUAAUCCUGUUACUUUAUAUAAUAACACGCCAAUAGAACAAUGGACAUUCAGUAUAUUUGUUUUCCAUUUAGUUACACUAAUAGCCAAUUUACAGAUACUUUUACGUAGUUCUUAUUGGACAAUACCACUUAUAUUAGUAGUAUUAUUCUCACAAUUAAUAUUUAUUGUAUUUGCAGUUACCCAUUCAUUUAUACCUAUAAGAUACGAUGGUGAUAUGUUGAGGGUUUUUAUAAUAUUAACAUCGUCGAUAACAUUCUGGCUUUUAACUAUUGUGGUCGUCGUCGCUUGUUUAAUUCCUGAUUAUUUACUACUUACAUAUAACAAAUAUAAAUCUGCUUUUAAACUAAAAAAAUAUGAAGAAUCAUGGCGUUUUAUAAAUAACGAUAACGAUAACACACAAAAUGUAUUAUUCAAACAUAUGUUCUACAUUUAGAUAAGUUAUUGUUUUCAU